GGGACAAAAAAUAGUUCUAUGUUAACCCAUCAUUCACACAUUUCAGACAGGUGUGGUUGCAGGGUUGAUAGUUGAGACGCACCAAUGGCGAAAAAAGCUAAAGCUUCUAACUCUCUCAAGAACGCUUCUUCUUCUUCGGCCUCCACCUCCGGGAAACUAGUGUUAGCAAUUAAAUCGAAUGAGGGAAUGAAGAGAUCGUUGCGGCAGACUAAGUCAAGAGACAUAACCAAAGCCGUGCAAAAAAAGAACAAGCAAAAGAUUGAUGCUAAAAAGCCGAAGAAACCCCCCACUGCUUUCUUCUACUUCUUGGAGGAUUUUCGGAAAGAGUUUAAAGAUCAGAAUCCAGAUGUUAAGUCAAUGCGUGAUAUUGGCAAGGCAUGUGGAGAGAAGUGGAAAACAAUGACUUUUGAGGAGAAAGUUCAAUACUAUGAUAUAGCAACAGAGAAACGUGCAGAAUUUGAUAGAGCAACGACAGAGUAUAACAAGAAAAUGGAAAGCGGCGAAUAUGAAGAAACCGAUGAGGAGUCAGAGUAUGACGAGUAAAACCAUCGGUUUAUUCAUUUUCUUAUUUACAAGGCUUCACCUAUGUUAAUUGAAACUACUCGAGGACCUUAAGUUGUAUAUUCAAUUGUAGUCAGCUCUGGUUGUCCUUGUGAAUAGUUAUCAUUUUUCUAUGUUAGUUUUUUUUAGUGAAGUACCUAGUUAGUUAGAUGCUUAAAAAGGCAGUUUUGGGCAUAUAUAUUAAGUAAACUGAAUAGAAGGUAUUCCUUUUACCAAACUUGGAAUCAGGGUCUUCAACAAAAAGUAAAAAUCUUUCACUCUCAUCAAUA